GCAUUCAGAUUGAUCCAAAUGAGAAUUACGGUAUAUCUAUUGGAAUAUUGAGAUAUUAUUGCAUUGAGAAACAUGGCAUCACAUGGCGAGGUGGUCAUAGCAGUGGUGUUAAUUCUAUCACACCAGGUUUUGAUGAAACCUACUGAAGUGGAAAAGGAAAACAAAGCAGUGACAAACUUGGAAAAGGAACUGGAAUCACAAAAGCCAACAAUAACAAAAUCCUCAGAAAACAGUGAGGACAAUGACGAUGGAGAAUGGGGGAAUGCUGCAAAAGGAAUAGACGUCGGAAAUGUGAUUAGAGAUGUCUUAUUGACGCUUAGAGACCAUCCAGAAAUCGUCAGAAAGUUAAUAGCUGACGAGGAAAGGAACCUAGCAGAACAGGUGUUGUCAUCUGAACACGACACAGUUCUAUCUGAUAAGGAUGAUAUCGUUCUUCCACGAGACUUUCAGUUACCUCCGCCACAACUUCAACAGGCUCCAAAGAGGGUUGUAAAAAAGAUGGGAUCGUACAAUGGUAAGAUAAUUAUUUCCUUAACAUCCCAAAUGAACAAGAGACAGAAGGAGAAUCCAGAAGAGACUAUAGAUAUGACAUUUCCAGUAGAAGGUGGCUCGUUUGAAGCUGAUGAUAAUAUUAACCAGGAUUCAGAUGAAAUGAAACUGAUUAAAGAUAUUGAUGACACGGAACAGCUUAAGGAGGGUGGUUCAAAUCAAAUCACAUACUCUGAUCUGAAAAGAAGCCACGACUCCUCAAAAGAGGAAGAAGACUCCAAAUCAGAUGAAAGCAAUGCCUCUGAAGAAUUGACUAAAGCAGAAUACUGGAAGAUAUACAAAAAUAAUGGAAAUCAGAGACACAAACCAAAGCAGUAUACAUCUCGUCAUUGGAAGGAACACAAAGAAAUAAAUUCAGAUGAAAAAUCACAUGAAAAUUCAAAAGAAGCUGACUUUUGGAAAAACCAUAAAGCAAACAAUGAGAAACAAAAGGAUGACCCGAGUAAGGGUAAAUUCUGGAAGAAAUAUGGUAAACAAAAGGACAGUGGAAGUAAUUCAGAAUCUUUAGAGGACAAAGAUAAUGUAGACGGUCCAGAACUUGGUGAUACAGACAGCAAUGAUAGAUCUUCUAAAGACAAAUCAGGUAGCAGCAGAUCGUCUGACAGCAAAGCCAGUGAUGAAAACGAGGAUGAGCUGUACAAGUUGACAAAGGAAGAGAAGCACAGAUCUGUAAUGUGAAAGUGAUGAAAGACAAACACCAUGGAUUCACAUACCAUUAGAUUCACAUAUCAUGUUUUACAUAUGCCAAAGAACUGUUAUCAUGGAAUUCAGGAUAUCAUUUAACAUAGAAGUUGACAAACCUCACUACUUCAAGAAAAUACGUAAAUUCUGAACAUUAUAAAUUGUCUAUUAUGAUCUAUUAUACAUUUGUUCAACAUAAAAAAACAAACCUGAUUUUCCAUUCUUUGUGAUGCAAUCAUAUACUGUCGAUUCAUUUAUUUUCAUGGGUACCAAUUUUCGUGGAUUAAGGAAAACUUUAAGGUUCAUAGAUAUUUGAUUUCAUGGUUUUGCCGAAGUUUGCAUACAAGACAUAAGAAAAAUUGUCAUUCGUUGAAUAUUUAAUUUUGUGGUUCAACUGUUCACACGAAAUCCACGAAAAUUGGUACCCCACGAAUAAUAAUGAAUCAACAGUAGUGCUGAUAUAACCCUUGCACUUGACACUUUUUCCCAGAAUUGUACCAUAAGUGUUGAUAUUGUUAGUGAUAUAACUAUAAAUGGAUCUUUGUCAUGCAAUGAACUACUUAAUGGUGUUGAGCAUCCCAAAGGGGAAACAACUCUGUAAUUAUUAACAAUUAAACAAAGAAUUUUACAUGUCAAA